AUGGCAUUCAUUGCAAGAGCUUGGAAGGUGGGGACGCUAGCAGCAUGUCUACUCGGAACGACCGCAAAUGCAGUCGGGCCUACCGUCUCUGUGCUCAACGGAACAUACGAAGGGCUACAUCUUCCCUCGUUCAAACAAGAAAUCUUCUUGGGUAUCCCAUAUGCGCAGGAUACCGGAGGCGAUAACCGAUUCCGCAUACCACAGUCUUUGAACUCGACAUGGAACGGCACACGCCCUGCCAAAUCUUAUGGAGACACUUGUCCAGACCCAUCAGAUACAAGUUUCAGCAUGAGUGAAGACUGCCUGAGCAUCAAUGUUAUACGCCCAGCAGGUCUCUCUUCGGACGAAUACGUCAAGCUGCCGGUUGCGUUGUGGAUCCACGGAGGAAGUUACCAAGUCGGCACCAGCGCUCUAGCAAACUACAACUUGACAUACAUUGUUCAAAGAAGCGUGGAAAUUGGCCAGCCCAUCAUUGCAGCCAGUAUCAACUACCGCAAGGGUGCAUGGGGUAUGCUCUACUCGCGAGAGAUCCAAGGCACUGGGCAGACCAACCUGGCGCUGCGAGACAUGCGAAAGGCGCUUGAAUGGAUCUCAGAGAACAUUGGGGCAUUUGGUGGAGACAAGGAAAAAGUUACCAUCUGGGGCGAGUCGGCUGGAAGUUUCGCAAUCGGACAGCUACUCAUGUCUUACGGAGGCCGAACAGAUGGCCUCUUCCACCGCAGUAUUCAGGAGUCUGGCUCUGCAGCAACAGCCUGGUACAACGGUACAGACUGGUACCAGCCCAUCUACGACGACAUUGUUAACAAGGCAAACUGCUCGGAUCAAGUCGACACCUUGGCUUGUUUGCGCACAGUGCCGUACAAUGACUUGUUCCCACUGCUUGCAGGACCAAGUCAAGGCCCAGGCUGGUACCCCACUGUCGACGGAGACAUCAUGCCGGCGUAUCCUACCGAACUGCUUGCCUCAGGUCGCUUCGCCCACAUCCCGCAUUUGUACGGCACAAACUCAGACGAGGGAACCGACAAUGCGCCCGACGACGGCGUUAUCAACACCGACGCAGAUCUGUACGCCUUCCUCGCCAACAGCACCGGCUUCGGGUAUCCAGACGCCGUCGUCAAGCACAUCAUGGAGCUCUACCCCAACGACCCCACCGUCGGCAUCCCGCUCAACACAGGCGUCGAGCUCUUCGCCGAACACGGCCUCCAGUUCAAGCGCAUAGCCGCCGUAAUGGGCGAUGUCUUUUACCACGCCCCGCGGCUUGCAGACGCCCGCGCUUACGCCAGGUACUCGCCAACCUACAUCUACCGCUUCAACACGCUGCCCUGGCAGAACGACAACACGGCCGACGUGGGCGGCAAUGCAAGCGCAUACAAGGGCGUUGCGCACUUCACAGAAGUGGCGUUCGUAUUUAACAACCCACGCUUCUAUGGCCCCUGGCCGGAAUACAAGGCGCUUAGCAAUGAUGUGAGUGCGCAGUGGAUCAACUUUAUUGCUACGGGCGAUCCAAAUAGCGAGAACUUGCCGCGUUGGCCGCGCUACAAUGAGAGCGCAAACGGACUGAAUCUCGUUAUUCAGGCAACGGGUCGUGGGUAUAAUGGAAGUUAUGUCGAGGAGGAUACGUGGAGGCUGGCAGGCAGAGAGUAUCUGAGUGAGUGGGCGAGGAGAAGACAUGUUUGA